AUGGCGGCCCUGAGGCUCCUGGUGCUGUGCGCUCCCAUGGCCCAGGGCAUCGCCCUGGGCUCUGGGGCCUCGAGGAAGGACACCAGCCAGAGCGCCAACGCCGAGAAGCGCGCCGCGGCACUGGCUGCGCGCGUGUCUCAGUACGAGCAGGCCAUCGAGUACCGCGCCAACCUGUCCAAGGGGCCCCUGCUCGUGCCGCCGCACGUGUCCGUGCCCGCCGCCGGCAAGCCCAGCCUCCUGGGCCUGGACUCGGCCCUGAGUGGUGAGUUCCAGCCCUCGGCGGAGUUCGAGAACGAGGGCAAGGCCGCGCAGGAAUCCGAGCUGCCCUGGGGCGUCGGAACGCCCCGCACUGGUGACUCGUGGCCCGUCCACGAGUACUCGGCCAUGCACAUGCUCGACGUCCCCCACUGGGUCGAGUACAGCUUGGAAACUGGGGACAACAUCCAGACCUUCAGCAACGCCUGGCAGGAUGUCAAGCUCAUCACGCAGGUGCUCGAGAACGUCACCAACGGCUUCUACCUGGACACCCACGGCGGGGAUGGCGAGACGCACAGCUACACUCUCUUGCUGGAGCUCACUGGCUGGCGUGGCCUCAUCCUGGAGCCUCAAGUCUACGAGUUCGCAACGCUGUGGGGCAAGAUGCGUAAGGCGUGGAUUUUCCUUGGGUGUCUAUCCCCCACUGGGAACGCCACGAAGCUCGGCUUCGACACCGCUGGCGUACUCGACAUGGAGAGUGGUCACCAGAUCCACGCCUACAAUUUGCCCACCUUCAUGGAAGAGCUGGGUGGUCGCAAGACCAUUGAUUUCUGGGCCGUCCACAACGGUCACUAUGAGGCAGAGGUCCUGAACGAGACUUUCUUCUAUUCGGGGAAGAACAUCGAAUUCGGGGUCGUCCUGGUCCGCUUCGAUGGCCGUCGGUCGGGUCGUGGCCACCAGUGGUUCGCUCAGCACAGGUCCAAGGACGAAACCGAAGAGCUCAUCUUUGAGAUCAUGCACAACGCCUCCUUCAAUUACAUCGGUGGCCUUGACGCCUAUUGGAUCAACUACGUCGAGCCGCGCUUCCAUUACAAUGACCAUGUGUGGGUGAACCCAGCGUACUUCGAGAAGCGCGGCCUUCCGGUCCCCACAUGGUGCAAGUCGGCGCCCCCGCCCGCGCUGAGGUACCCCCGCCCGGGCCACCGUGACGUCCCUGGACUGGACAACCUUGAGCAGUGGACAGGCUCGGGAGCUUCACCGGGGCCGCACGUGUACGGACACGCGACCGACAAGACGGCGGGGGCCAUCCCCUUCGGCUACGGGACCCCAGGGAUCCCCUACGGGCCGUCCUCGCGCAACCCCUGGGGCAUCGACCACCAGGAGUACGACAACCCGGCGUACAUGUCCCUCGGCGGCAGCAACCCCACGAUCCCGGGGCCGGAGGGCGGCGGGGGCACGUGGGACCCCCGCUGGAAGUGGGACGCUGGCUACACCUACGAGGAGGAGACCAGCAAGAUGAUCGCUUACAUCGCCAAGGCGAAGGAGAGGACGCGGCGGCCACGGAGCCCGUGGCCAAGGCCCACCGUGUGUCCUACACCCGGCUGACGUCGGUGGAGGGCCGCUGAGAGCGCUUCCGCCCGCUCGUCGCGCUUUCGAUGCGGCGGGGUCCUCCAACCUCGCCUGCUCGGACCCCGAUUCGGCGGCCUCUGCCCGCGCGGGCGCGCCCCGCGCGGAGCGUCUCCCCCAGGGCUCCGCGCAGCUCGUGGGGGCCGCAUAAUCCUGGAACCGUCAGCAGAGUGCGCGAGGCUGCGACCAAGCGGCGGCGUGCCCCCCCGCGGCGAACGCGCACAAGCGCUGCUCCGGGAACUGUCGGAGGCCUGCGCGGUGUUGCCUCGGGUCAGCACUUCGGGUGCUGCCAGAGGCAACCCCGAGCACCGGGCCUCUGCCCCCCCUGCCGCCUGCAGGGGGAGGGGUCCGCGUUGAUGCGUCUGCGCGGGCCCACGACGGUUUGGGUCUGUGCCACUUUUGCGCGUUCUCUAUGCGACCAAGAAUGUUUGCUCUACAUGCAUGUCGGGACCG